UAAAUUCUAGAGAGAGAGAGAGAGAGAGAGAGAGAAAAUGGGUAAAGGGAGAGCUCCAUGUUGUGAUAAGAGUAAGGUGAAGAAGGGGCCAUGGAGUCCGGCCGAGGAUUUGAGGCUUAUUUCUUUCAUUCAGAAGCAUGGCCAUCCCAACUGGCGUGCCCUCCCCAAGCAGGCUGGAUUAUUGCGAUGUGGAAAGAGUUGCCGUUUGAGGUGGAUAAAUUACCUAAGACCUGACGUAAAGCGGGGGAAUUUCACGCCUGAAGAAGAGGAAACCAUUAUCAAACUUCACAACUCUUUGGGAAACAAGUGGUCGAAAAUUGCAGCACAUUUCCCAGGAAGAACAGACAACGAGAUUAAGAACGUAUGGAAUACACACUUGAAGAAAAGAUUGAUGAACAAAAAAGGAAAGGGAAGAAGCAACAACACUACUGAUGAUGAUGACGACGAGGAGGAUGAUGAAGGCCCCAAAAACGACACCGUUUCCCCCGACACUCCACCACAAAAAGAUGCAUCAUUAGACGCCUCCCCCACAUCUUCAUCAUCAUCAUCUUCAUCAACCAAGGACGACCAAGCCACGACGGAAGCCCCGCCGGAGCCGCCGACUCCCGGCGGCGACAACGACAGCGUCAUCGACAUGGAGAUUUGGCGGGACAUGUUGGACACCUUGGACGACCCAUCGCCGCAGGAUCCGGAAAUUGUCGUUGAUCUCCAACCUACAGGGUCAAGUUGUGGAUCAGGAGAAAUUGACAAACAAGUGGAGUGGUUGAGAUACUUGGAAAAUGAACUUGGACUGGAAGAUUCUCCCAACAACAAUAACAACAAUCAUGCUCAGCCACAAAAGGAUGACGAUGAUUCAAACCAUAAUAACCUAGUAUUUUUAGACAGUUUUGAUGGUGACGACGAUGAUUUCAACGACAUGGUGGCAUCGCUGUAUUUUCCGACAUGGCCACCUUGCUCGCCUCAACAUUUUGGCAUAUAAACCCAUAUAACUUGUUAUCAUUUUCAGGUCAUCUGUACCACUUUCUAGAGCUGCAUACAAUUCAACGAGGGAAUUAAUCACUGCCUUUGACGGUGAAAACCUCUUGAAUACAGCCAGAAAAACUUAUUCACACACAAACACAACUUUAACUAGUUCAAGAGUGACGCCACAUCAUCGCUCGAUAAAUAUAUUUAUGUAAUAUGUAUCACUAUCAUACUUGUAAAUGACAAAUUAAUCAAAACUUGAUUACCUAAAUUUUCUUGUUUUCAUCUUCUA